AUGAAUUGGGUCAAACUUUUGCUGCUUUCCCUAUUCAUCUGGGUAGUGGACAGUAAGAAACAAUGCGAGCCCAUCACAAUACCACUAUGUAAAGGCAUCGGCUACAAUAUGACGUCGUAUCCCAACAGUUAUGGCCACGAGAAGCAGGACGAGGCUGGUUUGGAAGUGCACCAGUUCUACCCAUUGGUCGAGGUGAACUGCUACAAACACCUCAAGUUCUUCCUCUGUGCUCUAUACACUCCCAUCUGUCAGGAGAACUAUGACAUGUCUAUAAUGCCAUGCCAAGAGGUCUGUAGAGAAGCCCGGAAGAAGUGUUCCCCUCUCAUGAACAACUACGGCUUCCAAUGGCCCGAGACCCUGAACUGCGACAGACUGCCACGCUUUGCUGAUCAACAGAAGACUGGAGUCAUUUGUGCCGCGCCUCCAGAUGCCACCAAGAACUCAAAGUCCUCGGAAGUCAAGGAAGUGGAAACGCCAAAAGCUCCAAAAAGACCAACUUCUGUCGCGACUUCUGAUUCCAGAUGCUCGUGCCAAUGUGGAAGACCUUUUAAUCCAGUAUCAGCAGAGACGGUCAACUACUACGGUAAAGGAUACAGUAUCCAGAAUGUGUCAAACUGCGCCUACUCUUGUUCUGGACUGUUACCUACACAUGAGGCUAGUCAGACCAAUCAGUACAAGCAAUGGGUGUUGUUCAUGUAAGUUGUUUAUGAUAGUUUUGGAAAGCUUUAGUACUUCGUUACUAAUGUUACUUAUUUUAUAUCAUUUUGACAUUUCCAAAAACCUAAUAUUCAAAUUUUAGAACUCUAACGUGCCUGUGUAUCUCCUUCCUGACCGUGAUCACCUUCUCCAUAGAUCUCGGUCGAUUCCAAUAUCCAGAACGGCCGAUCCUCUUCCUCGUCCUGUGCCAAAUGUGUGUAGCCAUCGGCUACACGAUUCAGUUCAUGAACGGCGACAAGAAGAUUGGCUGUGACGCUGAUAUGCUUCGCACGAUGAUGACUCCAGAAGCCACGGUCGGAAGCAGUAUCCAAUGGACUUGUUUGACCACGUUCGGCCUUACCUACUACUUCUCGAUGGCGGCCGCUGUCUGGUGGGUGGUGCUGGCCUUGUCCUGGGUACUAGCAGCUGUACCACAUUGGUCGACUGAAUGGAUCGGCAAGUACUCGUGCUACUUCCAUACCUUUGCCUGGAUUCUCCCAGCGAUCCAGACUGGAUUUGUGUAUAUGUUCAAUGCCAUCGAUGGAGAUCCGAUCUCUGGAGUGUGCUUCGUUGGUAACACUAAUAGGGAUCAUCUACUCUACUUUGUCAUCAGUAAGUCUUAAGAUUAUGGAAAUUCUUGACGUAUUUUACAAAUUGCAAAGGCUUUACAAUAAAAUUUUAAACCAAAAACAACAUAAAGACAGAACAAAGACUAUAUCACCUUAUUUUAGUUCCAAUGAUCCUGUAUUUCGUCGCUGGCGUGUCCUUCUUGUUCGUGGGUCUACAAUACUUAUGGUCGCUCAGGUCAAACCUCCAAAAAGCUCAUCACAAAACCUCCAAGUUCAGCCAGCUCAUGUCCAAGAUUGUCGUAUUUGCUCUGAUCUACACCCUCUCCGUAAUCCUGCACGUUAUGGUACUUAUCUACGAGUAUUUGAAUCGACCAAAGUGGGAACAAAGCCUGCUGUGUCCAUGUUCUCAGGAAACUCCUGUAAAUGGUAAGUUGUUACUUGUUUUAUACCUAAAAUGCUGUUAGUUGAUUAGUUGACACUAGUUUUAUAACAAGUAAGGUUCUAAAGUAAUGAAGCGUUAUCUUGAGACAAGUUAACUUGAAAAUUCAUACCUAAAAAACUUGUUGUAGACCGGUUUACACCUAAAUUAUCCGUUUAACUUUAUUUUUUUAUUUUACGACACCAUUUUAGCUAAACUUGCCAAUAUUGAGCUUAUUUUAUCACUAAAUAUCUUCCUUUAUAUCGCUAAUCAAUAACAAUUUCAAAAUUUAAAAAAGAAAACGCAAAAAGCAGAGAGCGAAGCCUCUUUUUCUCUCUUUCUCUGGCUCUUUUUCAAACCCAAUCGAAAAGCGAACCCACAAAAACCCACCUUCCAACCCGAACUAAAGAUCGCGAACCAUGAUGAGCGGCCGAGUUGUGAUCUGCAGGGGUCCCCGUCGCCUGAAUAAGGUGAAACCCACGGGAAUCGACUUUCUGUUGAGACGAUCGAAGGGCUAGUUCUGAGUUCAUUGAAAACAAACAGACGUCAGAGAAGGAGAAAGGCGAGAGAGCGUUUCUCUCUUUCUCUGGCCGCUGUUCUUCCCCAAUCGUUUUCAUUUUGAGCGAUUUUUACUGUGGGCUUCGACGCUUACGUUGGCAGGUGUCGGUGAGGAUAAACUCAACAUGGUUUCGCAAAAAGUUGAAUCUGAAGACUUUGACGAUACUCUUGGCUGUCUGAGGCACCUGAAACAACAAAUAAUGUUUCACAAAAAUUAACAUAAACACUAAAUGUUCACAAUACAUUGACUUACAUUACCUUUUCAGCCGAAACCUUGCAGUUCCUUAACCUGCUCAAAGUCGGAUCAAUGAUGGCAAUUGGCUGGACGUCGAUGAUCUGGGUAUUCUCAUCAAAGACCUUCCAGAGCUGGAAGCGCUUCUUCUGUUGUGGCGCUACACCGUACGCCACCUACAGUGGCCCCAAACUGCCAUUCGACCUUGUAGCCAGCCAAUACCAGCAGAUCCCUCCUCCACCCCCACCUCUACCACACCCGCAGUUCCCUCCCCUCUCUCACAAACAAUUCCAUUCUCCUGAAUUCAUCUACGCCAAACGAGACCUGAUAUCGUCACCUCACUUCAGUGCCGCCAAUACCCUCAGGCACUGUCCACGAGAUGUGUAG